UGUCGAUCGAGGUGCCUGGCACCCCUCUCCCUUGUGGCGCUUGCUUUCCUCCUUUCGCCCGUCCAACCUUCGUCACCAUGUCCAGCAGCAAUGCUCGCCUGAACGUCUUCCCGACGCGAAUGGCCCUGACCAACAUGCAGGCCCGCCUGCGCGGUGCCCGCUCCGGUCACGGCCUGCUCAAGAAGAAGAGUGAUGCCCUGACCGUCAAGUUCCGCAUCAUUACUCGCAAGAUCAUCGAGAGCAAGGCCCUCAUGGGUGACAUCCUGAAGGCCGCGCACUUUUCCUUCGCCCAGGUGAACCUGGUUGCCCCAGAUCUCGGUAACACCAUUGUCCAGUCUGCCGGCCAGGCCACCCUGAAGACCCGCGCCAAGCUUGACAACAUUGCCGGUGUGCAGAUCCCCCAGUUUGAGACCUUCUGGGAGGGCACCGACACUUACGAGCUCACCGGUCUCGGUCGUGGUGGUCCCCAGAUCCAGAACUCCAAGAAGGCCUGGCGCGAGGCCUCGCGUCUGCUCAUCGAGCUGGCUUCUCUCCAGACCUCCUUCCUGGUCCUCGACGAGGUGAUCAAGCUCACCAACCGCCGUGUCAACGCCAUCGAGCACGUCAUUAUCCCGCGUAUCGAGAACACCGUGAACUACAUCAAGUCCGAGCUCGAUGAGCAGGAUCGCGAGGAGUUCUUCCGUCUGAAGAAGAUCCAGGAUAAGAAGAAGGCCAACAAGGCCCGCGAGGAGGUCACUCGCACCGAGCGCCUGGCCGCAGCGGCCGCCCUUGCUGAGACUCGUAGGGGCGCAUCCGAUGCUGGUGGUGCCAAGGCGCCUGUCCGGUCGGCCCUCGCCAUGGACGAUGACAAUGACGAUGAUGAGCUGCUCAACCUGUAACGGGGGGACCCCCAUGUAUUUCCGGUGGCCACCCUGCCUCUCGCCCUCAUGCCCUCAGCGUCUGUCUCAUGCCCACAAUAGACGGACAGAAAAGCCCCUA